UUUCAACACUGGAAUUACGAUAUUUCCUGACCUCACCAAAAUCUAUUCAGCUGAUGUGAACUUUUUACUUGAAAUUGCAGAUAAUCCUUACGUGACUUCAGUGCCUGCAAAUGCGUUCCAUGGGCUGUGUAAUGAAUCCCUUACACUAAUUCUGGAAUACAUGAUGUGUAACCAGACCAGCAGUCACAGCUUUCGUAAGAAAAGAUCCAUCAGUACCUUCAAUGGCCCUUUUUACCAAGAUUAUGCAGAAGAGGAUGCAGACCACACUGACACAGUGUACGCUGAAAACUCCAAAUUCAGGGAUUUUCAUGGCAACUCCCACUACUAUGUUUUUUUUGAAGAGCAGGGGGAUGGAGAUGUUGGGUUUGGCCAAGAGCUCAAGAACCCUCAAGAGGACAAUAUCCAGGGGUUUGACAGCCAUUAUGACUAUACUGUCUGUGGUGGCAGUGAAGACAUUGCGUGCACUCCAGAGCCUGAUGAGUUUAAUCCCUGCGAAGACAUAAUGGGCUAUAAAUUUCUAAGAAUUGUGGUGUGGUUUGUGAACCUGCUGGCUAUCCUGGGUAACAUUUUUGUCCUCUUCAUCCUUCUCACCAGCCAUUACAAGUUGACUGUCCCACGGUUUCUGAUGUGCAACCUGGCUUUUGCUGAUUUCUGCAUGGGACUGUACCUUCUCCUGAUUGCUUCGGUGGAUCUCUACACUAGGUCAGAAUACUACAACCAUGCCAUAGACUGGCAGACUGGGCCUGGCUGCAACACAGCUGGCUUUUUCACUGUCUUUGCCAGUGAGCUUUCUGUAUAUACACUGACUGUGAUCACCCUGGAGCGCUGGUAUGCCAUCACCUUUGCUAUGCGCCUGGACAGGAAGCUUCGCCUUCGGCAUGCUUUGAUCAUCAUGCUGGGUGGUUGGCUCUCAUGCUUUCUUCUCGCCCUCUUGCCACUGGUUGGAGUCAGCAGCUACAUCAAAGUCAGUAUCUGCCUGCCCAUGGAUACCGAAACACCGUUGGCUCAAGCCUACAUUGUCUUUGUUUUAAUGCUGAACAUCAUUGCCUUUAUCAUCAUCUGUGCUUGUUAUAUAAAAAUCUAUCUAACUGUGCGAAACCCUGAGUACAAGUCUGGAGACAAAGACACCAAAAUUGCUAAAAGGAUGGCUGUCUUGAUUUUCACUGACUUCCUAUGCAUGGCACCUAUCUCAUUCUAUGCUUUGUCUGCCAUUAUGAACAAGCCCUUGAUAACAGUCAGUAAUUCCAAGAUCCUGCUAGUGCUGUUCUACCCACUCAAUUCUUGUGCCAACCCAUUCCUCUAUGCUAUUUUCACCAAGGCUUUCAGAAGGGAUGUCUUCAUCCUGCUCAGCAAAUUUGGCGUCUGUGAGCAUCAGGCUCAAAUCUACCGUGGCCAGACAGUCUCAGCCAAAAACAGCAGUGGUUUUUAUGGCCAGAAAGGCAGCCGAGGGACAGGUCAGGACUACCAUGACCCACAUGAUGACUAUCACCCUGCAAUUGCGAUGCAAGAGCAAAUUGUUGUGGAAGACUGUACGCUGACUGUGUUAUAGCACCUGAAAGCAUCACAACUGCAGUGCGAUCAAUCAGAUGGUAAUUUAGUGAUCCAAAAAAGAAAAUUCAGUGAUAAGAUACAAUUUUUCCUAGUUGUUUUUGAGGAACAUCUGUAGUGAUUUUUCUUUUGAGGGAGCCAUUCGCUUGAAUCUCCAAUCUUAUACCACUGGCAGUGUAAGAGAGAAGGUGCCAGUUAUGAUGACAAUACUGGAAGCAUAUAUGAAAACUCAGUAUAAAUCAGAACGUGAACAUAUAUAUAUAUAUAUGAAAUUUUAAACAUGCACUCUUCUCUAAUUGUCUAAAGGGAAAGGGAGACAGCAUAAA